AUGGGCAAGAAACGCGUUGUGACGAGCCCUCGGCCGCCGAGCCGCGUCUUGGAAGUGCCAGGACUUCUCCCUCGAGCGCAGACCGCCGCGAAGGCCGCCGUCCAGGCCGCCACUCCGGCCCAGUCAUCGGAGUCCUUAAAGCGGCCGCCUGGAAAAAAGAAGAAAGGCAAGACAGGCUCAUCGGACUUGCCCUCUGGCAAGGUGCCUGAUGCUAGCGCUGGUGCGCCCAGCAACGAGGCAGCAGAGCCCACAAAAGUUGACUCUGAGGACGAGCGUCCGGCCCCACGUGUUUUGCAAAUUCCUGGAAAAGGGAAUCGUGGAUCAGAGAAGCGCCGCUUCAUGUCCGACAAGGUCUCUAGCAUCCGCUCAAAGCCACCAGCAGCAAAGCAGAAGGCACGCAAGGGCAAGAGCACCCCGGACCAGGAGGACUCAGCAGAAUUCAAGAAAGCCUUGAAAGAUGUCUUGAAUUUCGUGAUGCCACAGCUUGGAAAGUCCGAGCGAAUUCAAUAUGAAAAGGCAAAGAUCCGCGCUCUUGGUGGUACACCAGACAAGCCACAAUAUGAGCCGUAUGCCUCCCUGCAGCGGAGGAAGAAGGCUGAGGAGGCCGCACGACAGCGGAGGCUCGCGGAAGAGAAGUUACUCGGCGUUUCGCUGUCCGCCACGCAGCAACGCCGAGGAGCGUCUGCGGAUGGUGUUACAAAGCGAAAGAAGGAAGCACUCUUGGCCAAGAAACGCCGCAAAGAGAACGACAUCCUGGGUGUGGGAGCGAAGGAAAGUAAAGGUAUGGUGAUCAUUCCAAAGAACAAGGCGAAAUCCUAUGCCUAG